AUGCCACCCAAUACUAAAAUAGAUCGACUGCCAACUGUCAUACACAGACGGACGGAGUAUCAAGUUUGUAUCCUCCUUCAGAAGAUAUCCAUCAACCCCCAACUGCAACGGCUCUUCUUUCUCAAACCUAACGACAAUGCACCCUCGUCCAUUCGAAUGGAACAACAACUGUGUUUGGAUGUACUUAAGGACACGAAAUGGAUGGAAAGGAUGAUCAAACACCAUAAGGUGCUUAAGAAUAGUACGACAGGUGAGUUAUCGGUGAGGGAUCAGUGGCCUAGGAAUUUAAGGGUUAUUAGUAGGUUGUUCGAUGAGUUGCACCCUUUAGCAGAGAAGAUAAGAUGCUCUCUUGGAGAGAUUAUGGAGAAAAUGGCAAGAUGA